AGACAAUAGAAUCAAGAAGAGCUUUCAAGUUUGUUUCCUUUGAGUGAUUUGAAUUGUGAAAUCCACAGAAUCUGACCGACCUGGACAUGGUGCCAAGUCAGCUGGCAAAGGAGCAAGAUUGCACAACUGUCCUGAACAAACUACAGAGAUCCUGCACUGAGUGAAAAAUCAGAGGCGCCAAAGUGACUCAUUCUGAUGUGCACAAAGCUCAGGGUGCAGAGGGCAGAUGCUGCUGAUACUGGUGUCCCUUCUCUGCUGUGUCCAUGCGGCCGAGGCCUGUCUGCAGUGUGACCGCAGUAUCAGGCGCCUACAUGAGGACUUUGUCCUGUCUGCUCCCACUGUGGACGACCAGAUUGAAAUGAAAAAGAUUUCUGAGCAUGCCUAUGUGACCUACAGAGAGACCAGUCUGGAACGAAAGGGAGUCAUUGAUCCCACCACUCUGUACAGAGCCAGAACUGAGUACCAGAGUGAAUUUGACCACUUCUUGAAAACCCCGCACACUGGAUCUGUGACAUUUGAAGCCAUUCAGAUCCUGGAGAAGGGCAGAAAGAUCUUAGAAAAACACUUGGACACAUUCAUCCGUGAUGGAUUGUGCCCCAACAAGUGUGGGCUUUUGAAACGCAGAGUAAUGGAUUGCUUCUCUUGCCGCUACAAGAUGUACAUCUGUCCCUCUCCCUCUGGUCAGCAGGACUGCGGUGAGUACCCAGUGCAGACGGAGGAGGGAGGCCAGGCAGUGCUGAACUGUUUCCUCCCGUGGCAUCGCCUUCUGUUGGGAAGAACAGAGUACCACUACUCCUGGGCCCCCGGAGAGCCGGGAACUAAAAAGCUGAACGCCAGUGACUUCAAAGCCUUGGUGGUGACAGACGAUUCAUCUGUGGUCUUAAAUCAGCUGGAUGAGGAUGAGCAGGGAACAUAUCACUGCUCUCUGCAGGGCCGUGAUGGAACCGUCUUCUACCGAGUCACUUUCCUACUCACUGUCGCCUCUUUGUCCGACCAAACUCACCGACCUGUCGUCACUCUGCCCUUCCUGCCUCACGGAGACAACUACUCACCUUUUCAACCUACUGCGGGCCUGCUGGUGCCAGUCAUCGCCAUGGUUACCGCUCUGAGCCUGGCAGCGAGCGUAGGCCUCGCAGUCGUCCUGGGACUGAUGAUGAGUCAGAAGAGAGCUGCAGAGGCGCCAAGGAGGAAGGAGGGAAAUAAAUAAACAAAACGCAGUGUGAUGAAGAUUUUACACAGUCAAUACACACCUUAAUGACAGGGAAGUUUUACUCACUUCAGCUGUGACAUUUCUCUCAGUGGCUGAAUAAAUUUCCCAGCACACAAUGCCAAGUCACGUCUAAAAAUGAAGUGAAGAGGAAAGUGAGAAAAUAUUUGUAAAUGAGGCUUCAUAAAGCAUAAAGGGUGUGAAGAUGUUUUUGAUAAACAUGUUUUAAACAAUAGAACAAACCCAAAACACUGACAUUGUGAAUCAUGGUGAAUCAAACACUAAGAUCUUGCUCAUAAAACAGAGCUCAGUGUUGUAAUAAAACCAGAGCGUACAAUACACACACACUUAAACACACCCACCAAAAGUCCCCCAGAAACUGCUCAACUUUCCGUAACAUUAAGCACCAGCUCGCCAGAACACAUUGGUGAUCUGACCCCAGCAGGGUCACGUUCCCCCUCAGUGGAGCGAUGGCAUUGUCACGUGGGCGUUUAUGAGAGGAGUCGGGGAUGAGGUAAAUCUCCUGGAUUACAGUGUUUUUUUGUUUUUUCCAGAGAGUAAUAGUCCCAGCCAUCCAAUUAAUCCUGGAUAAUCCUCCUGUGGGAGGAGGGGACAAACGGGAAGGGGUGAAAGCUAGCAGCAGAUGUUUUCAUCAGGGUUUCUUUUCAUGUUUAUUUACGUAUAUAUUCAUUCAGAGAGUGAACAAGGCUUUUUUGCGUUACUAAUAAUGUUCUUCUCAUUCUGAAGUCACCACAUCUUGCGACACCAUUGCCAGACUUUUUAAUUCUCUGUCUCCGUCUGCCCCCAGUGCGCUCUCUGUACAUUUUGAUGACGCAAGCUGAUUCAAAAAAUAGUCACCUCUGCUAUUUACACAAGUUCUGUCAUGAU